AUGACAGUCAGCGCAUGUAGUACGGCAGAUGAUGGUAAAAGAAAAUGGGGCAAAAAGCACUUCUGCCUGUAUUGCAAUGAACCACACCAUAAAAUUGCAAGACAUUUAGAAAGGAUACACGCAGAAGAAGCAGCUGUCGCUCAUGCUAUCAGCUUCCCCAAACUCUCCAAAAUCAGGUCUCUCUUGCUUGACCAACUCCGUAACAAAGGCAACUAUCAAGUUCUUCAAAGUGGAAAUUGCGAAAUUGUGACAAAGGAUAGAACCUCUUACGAUGGUGUUUCUGUGCGUGACUGCCUGCCCUGCCAACACUGCUCAGCUUCUUUAAACAAAAUUGAUUUAUGGAAACAUGAGGGCUCAUGUAAAGCCAGAAAAGGACAAGAUGAAAAGAGGGGAGGAAAAAGGGUGCGGGUCCAGGCUGCGCCCUCUCGACUUCUUCCAUUGCCGGUCUAUUCUACUGGAGGAUGUGAAGAAAUAAUACACAAUAUGAAUCAAGAUGACAUCUUAUGCCACAUCAAAAAUGAUCCCCUGAUAUGUAAAUAUGGCAAUGCACUAUCUGCAAAGCAUGGCCAUGCCAAGUCACAGUUUACUUACAUUGGAUCAAAAAUGAGGGAAUUGGCUAGAUUUGUACUUACUGUAAAUGAGAUGGAUUGUGGUGUCCAAUAUCUGCAUGAAGUAUGUGUACCAUCCAAAUUCAAAUUGGCCGUUCAUGCUGCCAGGAAAAUUAGUGGUUUUGAUCCUGCCUCCAACAGGUACAAGACCCCAUCUCUUCCUUUAAAGAUUGGCUAUUCCUUGAAAAGAGCUACUGAAAUAGCUUUUGGGGAGAGUCGUAUGACAGAGGACCGUGAGGCAGAGGAACAAGCCAAAAGCUUAAUUGAGCUUCUUGAAAAUGAUUGGAAUAACUGUUUUUCCGGUCUGUCCCUCAGCGCUGUCCCUCAGUGUGAUGAAGUUGAUGUGACUUCACUAACUGAGGAUUUGAUAAAACUUCAGAAGUUUCUCAAGGUUGCAGAGGACACGGCAAAGAAAGAAUUGCUCGAGAGCCCCACCAACGCUGUCUGGAAAAAGCUCAAUGAAACUCUUCUUGCAGAAAUAGCUCUCUUCAACAGAAAAAGGACAGGAGAGGUUGCGAAAAUGCUGUUGGAAACAUACACAAACCGAAAGAAAGCUCCAGCUAGUGCAGACAUUUUCAAUAGCCUCUCAAGGCUGGAGCAGGAGCUUGGUGACGACAAACUAACCAGGGUGGAAAUAGAAGGCAAAAAUGGUAGAACAAUGCCGGUCCUGCUAACGGCAAGGAUGAUCUCAUCUCUUGAGAUCCUUAUUGCAAACAGAGACAAAGUUGGUGUGUCAAAGGACAACCCUUAUGUCUUCGCACGGAGCCCAGACGCAGCAAGCUACGUCAGAGGGUCUGACUGUCUGAGGAAGUUUGCUCAUGAGUGUGAUGCAAAGAAUCCUGAAAGUCUGAUCCAUGCAACAGUAAGGAAAGAGGUUGCUAUCCAUAGCCAAAUACUGAACUUGAAUGAAAGUGAAUUGGAUCAAGUGGCAAAGUUAUUGGGACAUGACACCCAGGUCCACAAAGAGUACUACAGACUCUCUGAAAAUGCAGCACAUCUAGCAGAAAUCAGCAAAAUGCUGCUUGCAAUGGAUCAGGUUCCAGUUGUAAUUCCAGGGCCAUCUGAGGAAAGGGUUGUUUCACCUACAUAUGGUGAGUAUCAGUUGUUUUGGAGAGUAUUUGGACAACAUUUCCAUUUUGUUUCAAGGGUUAAAUGUUCAGUGGGAAAAUCCCAGUUCAAGUUGUUUUGUGCCAUUUACAUGUUAACUAGAUCUACAUUUUUGAGAAGCUUGCAACUUAUUACCCUAUAGUAUUUGCUCUGUUCCUCUUUAUAAUAUAUGAUAAUGGCACAUGUUCAUGAAUCCUUUUCUUCUGUAUGUAUUAAUUUUAUAGGGGUAUAUUCUGCAGGGACAUAUCCAGUGGGAACCGAUUCUGCGAGGACAUAUCCUACUGGCACAUAUACCACUGGGUCAUCUUAUCCUACAGGGACAUAUUCAGCGAAGUCAUAUACGUUGGGGGCACAGCCUUCAAGGUCAUAUCAUGCUGGGACAUAUUCUGAGAAGUCAUAUCCUUCAGGAUCCCAUUCUGCAAGGUCAUAUUCUGCAAGGGCAUAUCCUACCGGGAUAAAUCCUGCUAGGUCAUAUUCUAAUGUGACACAUCCUGCAGAGACCUAUCCAGCAGCUUCAUAUGCUGCAGGUACACAUCUUGCAAGUUCAUAUCCUGCAAGUCCUUAUGAUCUCUCAUCUCCUGCAAGAUCAUAUGCUUCGGGGACGAAUCCUGCAAGAUCAUAUCCUGAAGAGACAUAUCCUGUAGGGACAUAUCGUACAGGGACACAUCUUGCGGGGUCACAACUUGCAAGGUCAUAUCCUGCCGGAACAUAUCCUGCACAGACACUUCCAGCGCAAUCACUUCCAGCGCGUACAGUUAUUACGCCAACACUUAAUGCACAGACACUUCCUGUUGGGGCAUUGCCUGUGGGUGCAGUUCCUGCGGGGGCAGGUUCUGUGGGGAUGGGUAAGGUGGCCACAGUGUGGAAACAGAGGAUGUGGAGUGAUGCAGCUAAGGCUGCGGUGAACCGUCAGAUGGGACACUUUAUCUCAAUGAUGGAGGUUCCAGGUAAACAGGACUGUGAAGUAUGCCUGCACAAUGAACCAGCUCUACGAGACAGGACAUGGAGGGACAUCAAAAACUAUGUGCACAACACAGUAAAAUCUAUAAAAAGGAAGAAGGGCCUUACAAGAGUGGACCCCACAAAACAGACAAAGAAAGGAGCGGCAAAGAAACAAAAAGAGGCAAAUCGUGCUAAAGAAUGGGUUGGUGGAACAAAGGCAAUACCUGCAAAGGGUCAAGAGGAGAGACUUGAGGCAGGUCCUGUGGCAACACCAAGGAAACAGAAGAUAUGGAGUAAUGAGGCUCAGGCUGCGGUGAGGCGGCAGCUAGGAGACUUCACUAAACUGAUAAAGAUUCCAGGUAAAAGGGAAUGUGACGCAUGUCUUGCAGCUGAACCAGCUCUACAAGGCAGGACAUGGAAAGAUGUAAAGAACUAUGUGCGUAAUACAUUAAUGACAAUUUGCAGGAGGCAUAUUUCAGGCAAGCAAAAUAUGGACCAUGAAAAACAAAGUCCAAGGACACAAAAACCAGGGGUUCAACAAAAUCCAGGGGUGCAUCAGAAACCAGAGGUCCUGUUGGGACUUCCAGACGAUCCUCCUGUUUAUCUGUACUUAUGA